CCGGGUCAGUCAUAAUAUUUUUGGUCAGUACACUGUUCAGAGAGCCCCAGUAGUGUGUGUGUGAAUAUGAGAGAGAGAAAGAUGACAAUAAUAUUAUGAUCAGAACCAUUAGUUUUAUCCAUGUACAGAAGAUUCUGCAACUAAAAUGGUCCCUUAAAUAAAUAAAUAUUGCCUACUACUACUUGUUCUAGUGCUGUAUUCCUCUUCUCCAAAGAGUUCCAACUAUUUUAUCUUCACUUAAGCUCUUGUCAAAAAAAAAUAAUCUUGCGAUCCAUGAUGAGUAAUACAGCAAGAAGUAGGUUUCCUUUCACAGCAACUCAGUGGCAAGAACUUGAACAUCAAGCUCUUAUUUACAAGUUUAUGGUCUCUGGAAUGCCUAUUCCUGCUGAUCUUCUCUAUACCAUCAGAAGGAGUUUGGAUUCUUCCCUCUCCUCAAAGCUCAUCCUCCACCAACCUCACCACAUUGGAUGGAACUGUUUUCAGAUGGGAUUUGGGAAGAAAAUAGACCCAGAGCCAGGGAGGUGCAGAAGAACAGAUGGAAAGAAGUGGAGGUGUUCAAAAGAAGCUUACCCAGAUUCCAAGUACUGUGAGAGACACAUGCACAGAGGCAGAAACCGUUCAAGAAAGCCUGUGGAAAUAAUGACUAGUAACACAUCAACAACAACAAGAACUACACCCCCAACAGCAAUUCCCAUCUCAUCAAUCACCAAAAACACCAACAAUCCUUCCACUUGUAGCCCCACUUCUUUCUCUUAUUUGACUUCUUCUUCAUCUGCCCAUGAACCCCACCACCAUCCUUUCCUUUAUCCCCAUUCUUCUUCCUCUAGACCCCCUCCCAUUACUCAAGACCAUACCCCCAAGUUCCUUUUGGAAUCUACUGCUUAUUCCAGAAAUGGUUAUGGUGAUGGAAUGAAAGAGGAAGUGGACGAACAUGUUUUCUUCUCAGAGGCUUCAGGGACAAUGAGAAGCACAUGUGGUUCGAAUUCAGUGGACGAUACUUGGCAAUUGUCAGCACUGACAAUGAGUUCUUCACCAAUGUGUCAUUUGAAACAGAGGACUUAUUCACCUUCACAGAGUACAACAGGCCACUCAGCUGCUUCUUACUUGCAACUUCAAAGCUUCAAUAAUGACUCCUCAAUACUACAACAACAACAAAGACAGUAUUACCAUGAUUUGCCAAUGAAAAUAGAGACAGAAGAUCACCAGCCCAAGAAAGUAAUGCACCAUUUCUUUGAUGAAUGGCCACCCAAAGACAACAAAGACUCAUGGCUCGACUCUGACGAUAAAUUCUUAGGCCUCUCCAAAACCCAACUUUCAAUUUCAAUACCUAAUCCUUCACAAGACUUCUUCAUCACUACUAAUGAGAAAUGAGGUUUGUGAAUCAGAGAGAGAGCCAAAAGAGUACUAGUACUUGUUCAAUGGUGGUGGGGCGGUGCUUUUUCUGAUAUUAGCUUUCCGUAUACAUGUGUAAUGGUGUCCUGAGAAGUGUUCUGUCCCUUUAUUUUUUUUAAUCUUUUUCAUAGUUAUGCAAGUGUUGUAGUAGUACUUGAAUUAGAAGUAUGUGGUGUCUGGCUAACUGAGCAUUCACAUGGUAUUUUGUUGUCAGCAAGUAGCAGCAUUGUAUUCCUUCCCCCUCAUCCCCCCUAAUAUUACUACUCAUUGCUACUAUUGGCAUUUGGUUUGUUUUCAAUGGCCAGGUUUUCUGCCAUUUUGCCACAUGUUUGUAUGUUUUCAUCACUCCAUAUGACGUGUUGAAUAUCUUCUUCUGGUA